GGAGGCAGUGUGGGCCUGUGAGGUGACGUCGAGAGCGGCGGUGACUUCCUCUCUCCGGAGCGCGGAUCCCAAACAAGACUGAGGAGAAUUUAUCAAGCAGAAGGCCGCGGAGGAAAAGGUUUUCUUCAAAAAUGGAUGGGAUGUCUUCAGAAACUAAAGAAGAAAAGGACAAUAUAGAGAGACCUGUUAGAAGACGACAUUCCUCAAUUUUGAAACCCCCAAGGAGCCCUCUUCAGGACCUCAAAAAUGGGAAUGAAAUAGUUCAGGAGCCCAAUGCUUUGAGAAACAAGAAAAGCUCUCGUCGAGUCAGCUUUGCAGAUACUAUAAAGGUAUUCCAGACAGAAUCUCAUGUGAAAAUAGUGAGAGAGUCAGAAAUUGCAGAAACAGAAGCAAGAGAAAAUGUUUUGUUUAUACAGAAUAAGAAUCCAGAAGAUAAUUACUGUGAGAUUACUGGGAUGAACACAUUACUCUGUGCUCCUAUUCAGACCCAGAUGCAACAGAGAGAGAUAUCGAUUACAGAACACAGCCAUGAAAAGAAACAUGCAAAUGACCAGACAGUCAUCUUUUCAGAUGAAAACCAGAUGGACCUGACGGCAAGUCACACCGUGAUGAUUACCAAAGGCCUUGCAGGUUAUACCAAAAGUGAAAAGUCCGCCAAGAUAGAUACCACAUCAUUUCUAGCUAACUUAAAGCUUUGCACUGAGGAUUCAAGAAUGCAGAAAGAAUUAAAUUUUUCCAUGGAUCAAAGCACUUCUUCAGAAAAGAAAAUAAAUUUCAAUGACUUCAUAAAAAGAUUGAAAACAGGAAAAUCUAAUAUUUCCACAGGACCUGAUAAAGAAAAUGCUGAAAUAUUUUUUCAUUCCAAAGGAUCAAAUAGGGCCUCUUCUGUAGAUCAAAUGCAUGUAUCUCUUAAUGUAGAUGAAAAUGGCAGUAAUAUGACUAGAAUCUUUAGAGAACAAGAUGAUGAUGGGAUGAAUUUUACCCAGUGUCAUACAGCCAACAUUCAGAGUUUGGUUCCCACAUCCAUUGAGGCCAGCUUAAGGGAAUUUAAAAGUGAUGAUAUUACAGUUUAUGGCAGUGCCUUGAUGGACUUGACAGUGAACCACACUGUACAAAUUUUACCCUCAGCAGACAAUUUAUCUGAAAUAGAAAAUCAAGCUCAGACUGUCAUGAUGGAUGUUACAACAGGUUAUAAAACCAAAUCUCCAGAAAAGAAAACUGUCUUUAAGAGUAAAAUGAAUACUGUUCUUCAAGACCCUUCAUUAAACCCAAAAGGUGAAGUACAUAUUACUAGAAGUCAUAUUACAGGGACAGAAACUCACUCCGUCACACAGACUUCUAAUCAAGAUGCCAAGACAUCGGCCAUGAUCCCAGAAUCUAUAUGUUCUAGUCCAGCUAUUCAAGAUUAUAAGACAUUUUUAUAUUCUAGCUGUAAUGAUGCUAUGGAACUGACCAAGUGUCUCUCAAGUAUGAGACAAGAAAAAAGUUUACUAAAGCAUGGCAGUAAUUAUUCCAAAAUGUAUCCCAAUCCAGAUGCUGCCUCUCUUAUAGAGAAAACUAUUUAUUCAGGAGAGGAUAGCAUGGACAUUACCAAAAGUCACACAGUUGCAAUAGAUAAUCAAGUUUUUAAACAAGAUCAGACAAAUGUACAGAUAGCAGCCGUACCAGUAUCUGAAAAAGAAAUGAUGCUCCAAAAUUACAUAACUAUGUCAAAGGAUGAGGAAAUGAAUGUAAAUUGUAGGUCAGUUCCUCAUGUAUCGAAGGAAGGAUUACAACAGGACCUGGCAAAUCCUCUAUCUAUUCCAUUGUCUGACAGAAAGACUGUAAUGUUCACAGGUGAAGAUAAGGAUUUGACUAAAAGCCAUACAACUAACAUAGGAAGUCAAGUUCCUCUUGCAUUUUAUAACCUAGCAUGUGAGAAUACAAAUAAAUCUCACUCUGACAACAAAAACCCUUUAGAUGAACGGGAAGACAUGACUAAAAGUCAUACUGAACCAUCCCGACAACCAAAUAUAAUACCUAAAAAUAUCCUAACUGACACCUGGGGCAAAGAAAAAGAUGAAGUUUUAAAGAUUUCACCCUAUCUUGAUAAAGAUUUUCCACAGUCAGCCAAUAUUAACCAGGACAAAGCAACAAGCCAUAAUAUAGUAUACUCCGGUAGAGAUCUUAAUAAACAAGUAGCACUGGGAAAUAAUAGAAAUACAAUUUCAUGUGAGCAAUCUUUGUUUCCUACCACAAAACUGUUUUCAUCAGAAGGACAAUCUGCCAUGAAAAAUCGUAACACUGCUGUUAACAGUCGUACAGUAAAAUCUGUACCAGGACAAAAUUCUAAACUGCCUGAGCCACUGAGGAAAAGUUUAGGCAAUCUCACCCUUGACUCUGCUCAUGACAAGACAAUUACUUGUUCAGAAGAGGAGCAAAAUAUGGAUCUAACCAAGAGUCACACUGUUGUCAUUGGAUGUGGUCCUUCUGAAAUACAAGAACUUGGUAAGACUAAUUCAGAAAACACAAACAGCCAACUAACAGUAAACAGACAAGUAGCUGUAAAAGUUGAAAAAUGUAAUAAAACUCCUAUAGAAAAAGCUGGAGUAUUUAUUUCUGAUGAUAUGGAUGUGUUGGAGGACACAAGUAUACAGAAACCUGGAUUUCUGCAUGAAAAGCAAGAUGUCAAAAUUUGUGGAAGGAAAAGUGUUGGCGGACUAAAACUUGAUAGGACUAUUAUAUUUCCAGAGGGUGAUUUAAAUGCUAUGGAUAUCACCAAGAGUUACACAGUGGAAAUAAAUCAUAGACCUUUAUUAGAUGAACAUGAUUCCCAUUUGGUGCCUUUGGCAGGAACUUCUAAAACUGUUUUGUGUACACGUGGGCAGGAUGACAUGGAGAUCACUAGAAGUCAAACAACUGCCAUAGAAUGUGAAACUGUCUCACCAGAAGAAAUAAUUACUAGGCCUGUGGACAAAACUGUCAUGUUUAUAGAUAGUCAUGAUGAACUAGAAAUGACAAAGUCUCACACUGUUUUCAUUGACUACCAAGCAAAGGAAAGAACUGUGCUCCCGGACAGACCUGACUAUGAACUAUCCAAAAGGAAAAGCCUAGUCAAACCAAAAGUGACUUCUGCUGAGAGUAUUUUCUUUCCACAGGAUGGUGAAAGUGACCUUUCAGCAAAAGGCAGCCAUCUAACACUGUUGGGGGAACAAUCGAAUAGUGGUCAUAUAGACAGAGCUGUACCAUUUGUAGCUGAGGAUAACAUGGAAAUGUCUACAUCAACCAGUUGGAAAAAUGACAAAGACGUGCAAGAGCUUGGAUUUCUGAAUGAACCUCUGUCAUGCAAAAGUCAAAGAAGGAAAAGCCUUAGACUCAAAAAUGCCAAACCUAUUGCAUUUUCAAAUAAUGAUAAAAAUGAUACGGAUGUCAUCCAGGGUUGUACAGUGAAAAUAAAUAACGAAAGUGCCCUGGAAGCCAGAGCGGACUCCCAUUUGGUGUCUUUGGCAGGAACUUCCAAAACUAUUUUAUAUACAUGUGGGCAGGAUGACAUGGAGAUCACUAAAAGUCACACAACUGCCUUGGAAUGUAAAACUAUCUCACCAGAUAAAGUAACCACUAGGCCUGUGGACAAUACUGUAAUGUAUGUAGAUAAUCACAGUGAUCUGGAAGUCACCAAGUCCCAUACUGUUUUCAUUGAUUGUCGAGCUGAGGAGAAAACACUUCAAGAGUGCCCUAAAUUUGGAAUAGCAAAAGGAAAAACCAUGAGUGUUUCUUUACCUACGGAUAGCAGCUCGGUUCAAGAAAUCAUUAAAAAACAGGCACAGGCUGCAGAAAACAAAAUUGUUCUUCACACUAAGCAAAAGCAUCAUGUGAUACCCUGUCCUGCUAAUACAUUGUCGGGGGGUCAAGGUGAGAUAGAAAUCAUCAAAUUCCAUAGCACUGCUGUGGAUGAAAAGGUCAGGCAGAAAGUUGUAGACCAGGCCCAUACAUUGGAAAAAGCCAAAUUUGAAGGCUGCCACUUAAAUAGCACAGACAGAAGAAAUGUGCAUUUUAUAAACAGUCGUGCAACUGCUAAGUUUGGAUCCAGCGAUAAUUAUUAUUCCUGUUUACCAAAUGUCAUUUCCUAUUUUGAUAAUUUGGAGGGGACUGUCAUGUCCUCAUGUGAUAAAGAUGAGAAAACCAGUAAUUGCCCAGCACAAAAUGAUCUUGCUAAUGCAAACGUUUUAGCCAGUGAAUAUGACUUGAAAUCUGAGAGACUGCCUCUCUCUGCUCCUUGUUCUUUGUUAGAGAAGGAAAAAGUUAUUCAAACCAAUACCCAAGGACAGUUAGACUGUAUCAAAACAGUGUUCAAAGAUCAAGGUCUGAUUAAGGAUCCCCAAAAUCUAUUAGCUAAUCAAACUUUAGUAUAUGGUGAAGAUUUGGGGGACAUAACGAAACUUGAUAGAAAGCAAGUAUCUUUGAAGCUUCCAGAGGAUCCAAUGCAGGCCUUUGUUGAUGUUUGUGUUCCUCCUCAGCUUCAUCUGUCAACCCAGCUAUCUUUAUCACCUCAACAAGGGCAUAAUAUUAUUAAUAAAGAUGAAAAAACAUUGUCUAAAUUUGAAAAUAAGAAUUUAAAUAUUAUAGGAAAUUCUUCUAUACCCACAUGUGGGAACGAGUCCAAAAUGCUCAGUAAUGAGAAACAGGUUACUGUAGCAUGUGAGAAAGAACUGAAGAAAAAUAUUCAAGCAGCGAAAUGUAGUACAGCUAUAGAUUUCCACAGUAACUCAGACUUGACUAAGCAAGUUAUUCAAACUCAUGCCAAUCUUAAAGAAAUGUCAGAUCCUGUAUUUGCAUCUAAUGCUGCAAAUUUUAGUAGUGUCAAACCAAAUCUGAAUAAUAUGUGUGAGAAAACUGAAGAAUUUUUAGGUUUCCAAACUGUCCAUAUUCCACCUUCUCCAGAACCAUUACUUAAAUUAGUAAGUAAGGCAGACAAUGAUAUAAGUAUAGUGCAAACCACAGAAAUGCAUAAUAUUAACACAGUGCCCAGCAAUGUUAAAGAUAAUAGAGAUGAAGAAAAUAAAAUUUCUCAUAGUGGAGCUGAAACCAACGCUCUACCAUUAAUGACAGCUGUAACAGAUAAAGUGAGGAGAUGUUCUUUGGGAAUAUUUUUGCCCAGGCUGCCAAAGAAGAGAAAUUGUAGUGUGACUGGUAUUGAUGACCUGGAGCCGAUUCUGUCAGACACAACUGAUUUAAAUCACUUCGAAACUCAGCCGGGCUCCAGUAAGGAUUCAGGCAUUGGAUUUAUUGCAGCUAAAAUGAACUUAAGUCCAUCUCAGUAUAUAAAUGAGGAAAAUCUUCCUACAUAUCCUGGUGAGAUUAAUUCUUCAGACUCUAUUAGCAUAGAAACUGAGGAAAAGGCUUUGAUUGAGACAUACCCAGAAGAGAUUUCACCAUCUGUAAAUAAAAUGGAAGAAACCUGCAAUAGCCAGAAAAGAACCUGGGUGCAAGAAGAAGAUGAUGAUAUUCAGAAUGAGAAAAAAAUCAGAAAAAGUGAGAUUAGGUUUCGUGAUACUGCACAAGAUCAAGAGAUUUUUGAUCACCAUGCUGAAGGGGAUAUAGAUAAAAACGCUAACAGUGUAUUGAUAAAAAGCCCAAGCAGGACCCCAUCUAGUUGCAGCAGUUCUCUGGAUUCAAUGAAGGCUGAUGGGACCUCUUUGGACUUCAGCACAUACCGCAAUAGUCAAAUGGAGUCACAGUUUCUCACAGACACUAUUUGUGAAGAGAGUUUGAAGGAGAAACUCAUAGAUGGGAGAAUAACAAUAAAGGAGUUCCUUAUACUUCUUCAGGUCCACAUUUUGAUACAGAAACCCCGACAGAGCACUCUCCCAGCCAAAUUUACUGUGAACACACAACCUACUCUGGAAGACCUGAUGUUAAGUCAGUAUGUUUACCGACCCAAGAUACAGAUUUAUAGAGAAGAUUGUGAGGCUCUUCGCCAAAAGAUUGAAGAAUUAAAGCUUUCUGCAUUGAACCAAGAUAAACUGUUGACUGAUGUAAAUAGGAACCUAUGGGAAAAAAUGAGACACUGCUCUGAUGAGGAGCUGAAGGCCUUUGGAAUUUACCUGAACAAAAUAAAAUCCCAUUUUACCAAGAUGACUAAAGUCUUCACUCACCAAGGAAAAGUGGCUCUCUACAGCAAGCUGGUGCAGUCAGCUCAGAAUGAGAGGAAGAAACUUCAGAUAAGGGUAGAUGAGAUGGACAGCAUACUUAAGAAGAUUGCUAACUGUCUCACUGAGGUGGAAACAGAAACUAAGAAUUUGGAGGAUGAAGAGAAAGACAAUCCUAUGGAAGAAUGGGAUUCUGAAAUGAGAGCUGCAGAGAAAGAACUAGAACAGCUGAAAACUGAAGAAGAAGAGCUUCAAAGAAAUCUCUUAGAACUGGAGGUACAGAAAGAGCACACCCUUGCUCAAAUAGAUUUUGUGCAAAAUCAAACAAACAGAACUAAAGAACUACUGGAUCAGUUGAGCUUGUCUGAGUGGGAUGUCAUCGAGUGGAGUGAUGAUCAAGCUGUAUUCACCUUUCUUUAUGACACAAUAGAACUCACCAUCACCUUUGGAAAGCCAGUAGUUGGUCUCCCUUUCCUGAGCAAGGCUUAUAGGAAGAUUGUUGACCUGAAUUUUCAUUCUCUGUUAGAUGAGGAUAAAGCUCCUCCCUCCUCCCUUUUAGUUCAUAAACUUAUUUUCCAGUACAUUGAGGAGCAGGAAUCCUGGAAGAAGAAAUGUACAACACAGCAUCAGGUACCCAAGAUGCUUCAAGAUAUCUCAUUGGUAGUGAGCCAUUGCAGACUUCUUGGAGAGGAGAUUGAGUUUUUAAAGAGAUGGGGACCAAAUUAUAACCUAAUGAACAUAGAUGUGAAUAAUACUGAAUUGAGGCUUUUAUUCUCCAGCUCUGCAGCAUUUGCAAAAUUUGAGAUAACUCUGUCUCUCUCAGCCCAUUAUCCAUCUAUCCCGAUACCCUUCUCCAUUCAAAAUCAUCUUGGAAUCAUUGGCCGAGAUGAAAUUGCUGCCCUUCUAUCUAAAGUGCCACUGGGGGACAACUACCUAAAGAAUGUAGUCAAACAAAUUUACAGAGAUCUGCUUCAGGACUGCCGUUUCUACCAGUAGACCCUUGACCACAGCUGUAACAACCAAGCACAGUAAACUUAAUGAUACUAUGUCAGAGUCUCCAUUGUUGUUUAAUCUUCAUCUUUAGGUCCUAGAAAGAAGCCUAAUAAAAUACCUUCUGAUGAUGUUAUAGUUAAUUUGUAGGGUUAGUUUUUAAAUCUCUACCGUCAGGAGUAACGAAAGGCCUCAAAUAGCCUGCUAUCAACUUGCUCAUCUUUCUACUAAAGGUUUAAGUAGUAGAACACUUAGGGAAAAUAUCUCCUAACUAAAGUGGUGCUCUCUGCGUUAGUACAAGUCCAAAGGAGUAACUUUUAAGUAUAAGUGUUACCACUGACAAAAACAUGAGCACUUCCCCAUAUAUAGAACUGUGAUUUUUAUCUGCAUAGCAGAUAUUUCUGGAAUAGACAUGUCUGUCUACAAACUACUCAUCUUCCUUUUUCCCCAUUCCAGAAAUGUUAUUAAGAGAAAGCAAUAGCACUCAAUUAUUGGAUUGGAUGCCAUCUUUUCUUGAGGGCCUUGUUUCCUUUUAUUAUAUAAUAUCUAUCAGUAUUUUUUUAAUAAGUAUGUUUUGUAGGGAAAGUUCAUUCAUUUUGGUCCAGUGCAUAUAUGUAAAUAUACUGAUUUUGUGUUUGUGAUGUAGUCAGGAAAUGUAUAUAGAAAUACACAGAUGCAUAGAGAGAUACCCUUCUGCCUGGGCAGUUUCCAUAUUUCUGAAGGAUGCUUUAUGGAAAUGUUCUCAAUUCCUUUUAUUAAAUAAUUACACUUCAAACAAUAUCAUACCCAAAACACCAGUUUUGUCAAAUUCUGGCAGUAGUAAUAAGCUUAAUAUAAGUAUUGGUUUCUGAAGCCAUACCCCUGUCAUAUACAAAAAACAAAAAUAUCCAUUGAUAGUGAAUGAUCAAUAUCAUCUGUGAGAUAGACAAAUAUGAAAAAACUUUUACCCAAACUUUAGUCAAAUUCUAAUCAUGAUAAUUUUUGUUUAUUUUAUAUUUAAUUCUAAGCUAAAAUAUAUUUACAUUUUAAAUUAAUUCAUCUUAAAAUUGUGCUUAAUACUUUAAGAUAAGGUUAAAGUCUUAUGGGUCUCGUGAAUGUUAUCUUCCCUCGUGGUUUGCUUUGACUUCUGAGUUAUUAGUCAAAAGGUUCCAUGGUCUUUUAAGCUUCAAAAGUCAAGACACAACUCAUUUGCCAUAAAAAUCAAGAUGUGGAUGUUCCCUAUUUCUAUGAACUCCUUGAAAAACUUUUAAAGUCAACAAUAUGAUCUGUUUCCGAUGAAAUAAAUUACUUUUCCUACUGGAGUUGUUUUCUUUCUUUUCUGUAAGCCUGAAAAGUAGAAGUUGUGUUUUAUGCAUUUUGGUAACCUGGAAUGAUCAAUUCCAAGAAUGAUUUGGCUUGUAAUGAUGUUCUCUGUUUUCUUCGGUUUGGAGUACAUAAU